AUGCCAGCUUCGCGAAAGAAAUCACACCAAUUGGCUUCUAUUGUUAUGGAGAAAACAGUUAUCACAGAUACUCUCAAGCACCGAUUCGUCAUUGAAAAAGAAUUUGCGCGUGGUGGUUUUGGACGAAUUUACUAUGGAAGACAAGAAGACAGUAAAGAAUAUGGGAAGACUGGUUCGCUUGCGAUCAAAAUUGAACCAUAUGCGAAUGGCCCACUUUUUACUGAAAUAACAGUCUUUCAACGGAUCCUAACACCGCAAAAGCUUGAGGCUUGGAUAGAUAAGAAAAAAAUCAGCCAUAUCGGUUUGCCAUCAUAUGUGAGUAGCGGUUUAUUUACAUAUAACGGUGAAAAGUUACGAUUUUUGAUUAUGCCGCGAUAUGAGAAAUCCCUCGAAGCGUAUCGUAUAGCAAAUGGUGGUGUUUUGGACAUGCCUUUAGUAUUGACUGUUGCGAAGCAAUGCGCGGAUUGUUUAUCAUACAUGCAGGACCACGAUUAUGUACAUGGUGAUCUAAAAGCAGACAACAUUCUGUUGGCAUCAGCAAACGAAUAUUCCAAAUGUUUCUUGGUUGAUUUCGGACUUGCAAGAUUGGCCAAAGGAAAUGUCGAUAAACCGGAUAAAAAAAGAGCUCACAAUGGAACUUUGUUGUUUACUUCACUGGAUGCUCACCGUGGCUAUUCGCCAUCAUUUCGAGGAGACUUGGAAAUACUAGGAUACAAUAUACUUUAUUGGUUAUGUGGAACGUUACCUUGGCAAAAGUGUGCACAAAAACCAGAAGCAGUUAUGGUAGAAAAAGAAAAGUUUUCGAAGGAACUCGACAGAAAUAUUAAAAUGCUUCUGCAAGAUGAAUAUGUAUCUUUUCUGAGCAAGCUUUUUAAGCUCGCUUAUGAAACGCCUUAUAUUUUUAAUCAAGUUAAGACUCAGCCGUUACUAUCUAAAAGUUUGAAGUCAAGAAAAACCAAAGAAAAAGAAAAUUCAAAAAUAUCGUUGAUCGAUGAGAAAGAGAAGGCCGAAAAUAUUUCACCAAAGACAUCUCGUAAACGUGAGGGGGAUGUAGAAGAUUUAGGUAGUAACAUAUCGCCCAACAAACCGCCUGUUCCAAAAAGACUUAAAAGUGACCGAAUCGCUAGCCAUCUAUUGAAAGAAGUGGAUGGUCCUUCGAAAAUUACCAACGCGAACUUUCCCGAAGUUGGUAGCAACAGUGGCGAAAUUGAUAGCAACAAUGACACGGAAAAAGAUAUUAAGCGUCAACGCGAUGUUGUAUCUCGUAAAAAUGAGUUUAAAAAACUAAAAUCAAAAUCUCGAAAUGGUUUGGAGCGGGUAGAUAAGCAAAAUGCACAUUCACCGCCAUUUUUUUCUGGCAAAAAAAUGGAGGAUUCUCCCGGUGUGAAACUACGUAAUGUGAUUCCGGGUCUUCAUAAUAUGAAAAAUGUGCGGCGAUCUUUAAAAGAUACGCUUGCAAAAAAAUAUAUCAAUGUUGCGGAUAAAACUAAGAAGAAACAAUAA